AAAAUGAUUUCACUGCAAAUAAUUUCAUGUAUUCUUAUACUCAGUGUAUUUUCCGAGUUUUCUAAAGCGGAUGAUACUUGCUUAGGAGAGCAACGCUUCACAUCCUUUACGAAAAUUGGUAACAACUAUUACUAUAUAGAUCGAACAAAUGUGGUUAAUUGGUAUAAAGCAGUCGACACAUGUCGCAGAAUGGGCGCGAAUUUAGCUACAAUUAAAUAUGACGACCAAAUGACUGCAUUAUCAAAUUAUUUGCUAUCUAGAGGUUAUGACGAUCGUUUUUGGGUAGCUGGCAAUGAUUUAGCAGAAAACGGAAAUUUCUAUUGGAAUAGUAAUGGUAGAAAAAUGACAUAUGCUAAAUGGAGUCCAGGUGAACCGAAUAAUUUUGGUGGUAACGAACAUUGUAUCCAUUUGCAGAUUAGAAAUGGUGAAUACAGUAUGAAUGACUUUGGUUGUACAUACAAGUAUGCAUACUUUAUAUGUCAAGCGCCUGAACCUAUAUUGAAACUCAAAAUGAUUUCACUGCAAAUAACUUUGUGUAUUCUUCUACUCAGUGCAUUUUCCGGAUUAUCUAAAGCCGAUGAUACUUGCUUAGGAGAGCAACGCUUUGAGUCCUUUACGAAAAUUGGUAACAACUACUAUUAUAUAGAACAAACAAAUGUGGUUAAUUGGCAUAAAGCAGUUGAUACAUGUCGCAGAAUGGGCGCGGACUUAGCUACAAUAAGAUAUAACGACCAAAUAAUUUCAUUAUCAAAUUAUUUGCUGUCUAAAGGAUACAGAAAUUUUUAUUGGAUCGCUGGUAAUGAUUUAGCCGAACAAGGAAAUUUCUAUUGGAUUAGUAAUGGUAGAAGAAUGACAUAUGCUAAAUGGACUCCUGGCGAACCAAAUAAUUUUGGUGGUAACGAACAUUGCGUUCAUCUACAGGAGCCAACUGGUGGAUAUACCAUGAAUGAUAAUGAUUGUUCAAGGUUACUAUACUUUAUAUGUCAAGCCCCUGAACCUUAAAAGGUGAAGAAAUCAAAAUUUAUACGUUUUUUUAAUUGCAUAAAUGUAAAAAUUGCAAAAAACA